AUGUCUGAUUUAGAAAAUGUUAAAAAAUUAUUCCCUUCUCUUAUGAACUAUAGAAAAUUAAAUGACACUAUAGGGUUUGGUGUGCCAGACUGCGAUGAAUUAGAAAAAUAUUCGACUGAAAUUCAAGAUAUUAAGAAUAUUUGUUUAAUUAUUACAGGUGCUAGAGAAUAUUUGGAUUUUAUACCUUUUGAAAAUUUACCAGAUAACGAAAUGUGCACAGCAUUAAUCUUGUGGGUGUAUGAUUUCUUAAAUGUUCAGUUUAAAAAUGGUGCUUAUUACAGCAAAAUAGGAAAGGUUAUUGAUCUAAUAAGACCAAUAUGGAUAAAAUCUUCAAAAUGGGAGAGUUGCGAUAUUCGAACAUAUAUUGGUAGUGAGAAUAUGGUUCAAAAUAUGAAAUCAUUAUAUGAUUAUGCUACCGACCUUCCAACAAUAGAACAUCAUCUUCAGAAUGCUAAUUUUAAAUGCAGUAAUAAUUUUUCGACAUACAUUCAAGAUAAUAUUAGAAUACUUAAAGAAUUAAAUGAUCAAUGUAAAGAUAAUGUAACUGACAAAUAUUGUAUUGUGUUUAAUGAUGUAUUUGUAAGAGCGCUUUUUGAAAAAAUAUCAAACUUAAAAUGCAACGUCGUAGAUAAUACUGUAAAUAUCCAGAAAACAGUAAAAAAAUAUAAGGUUUCACAGGGAUUGCAUGAACAAAUUAAUAUGGAUACAUAUAACUCUAAUGCAUUUAUAAAAAGCAUGAAAAUUACAUUUCCAUUAUUUGGACUUAUACUCAUUUUUUCCAUUUUAUAUAUAGUAAAAAUAAAAAUAUAUACACCAGCCGGAACAUGGAUAAAAAAGAAAAUAAAAGUAUACAAAAUACUAUGGUACAGAUUAUAUAACAUAUUUAAAAAUGGAACAUUGGGACACAUUUAUGAAAACCAAUCGCUCCAUACAGUGAGAAAUGAAUUAAAUGACUCAAAUAGUCCUGUAUCUUAUAAUUUAUUCUAUUAUUAA